CCCCUCCAACUCUUCGCAUGUCCCUGGACGAACUCAUCUUCAUGACUUCUUCUUUUUUGCUACACACACACACACACACCUCCAUAUAAGUACAACCUGCUGAGUCAAUCUGUGUUGCUGAUCUUUGUAUUGUUUACUAAUAACCACUGGGAACUGGAUGCAUAGUCUAGCAGAGAGCCCAUCCCUGGAGAAGACUGAUUGUUCUUUUCUUAGCUGCUAUUCCUAUUCCUUUCCAGUAGCUUCUCAUCUAGAGGCGGGGCCUUGCGAGGUUCCCAUCUAUGCUUUGCCGUCAGCUGGCAUCGGCAUUGUGCAGGUGUUAUUUAGGCAAUAACUGCUGAGAUUUCAUGGGUGCCGAUGUCAUAUACAGAAGACCCUACAGUACGGCAUCCUGGUCCUCUCAAGGGUUGUGCUACAGAUGUAUUCGCUGGAGAGAGGCACAACACAGACCACAGUUCUUUACGUUUUCAUCAGCUAUGGAUCACUGUAGUGGCGUCCAUCUGCUGCAAAGGGAAGCUCCUUUAAUGGGGGAGAGGGAGCGGCGUAUGCGGACAUCUGGGUAGGUAUUUAGAAUGCUGCUAGGAAUUGUACUGGCUUAGGAGGGCAGUAGCAUAGGUUUUCCACUAGGGUCCGUGACUCACGGGCCGCGGGCAGUUGACCACACAAUUCCAGGCCUAAAGUCCAUUAGGUGGCUGGUCCACUUGAGAUACAAGUGCCACCACUGCCCCUAAUCGUGCCGGGUUGGUCACUGUUGCUUGUAGGCUUUACAGCUGAUUAGGGUUUUUAAUUGCUUUUUUUGGCAGCUUGCAUGGCACCUUGAGACACUAUGAGAGCUAAUCCUCUAGGAGGCAGCUUUCAAGUCAGUUCCAACUUGAAUCCUGGUAUAGACAUUUGUAGAAAUAAUAAUUUCACAGCCACAUAUAGUGGCAAGUGCCUGCAAUCUCAGUUACCCAGAAGGCCUUGGCAGAAUCACCAAGUUCCAAGCCAGGGCCUUGUCUCAAAAUUGAAAAAGGACAGGGGAUGUAGCAGUGGUAGCCGAGCACUUUUCUAGCAUAUUUGUGCCCUGGGUCCAAUUUCCACUUAAGAAAAAAAAAAAAAGGAUCAGUUAUUACUACUUUUUUUAGGUGCUGAAAGGGAGCCUAGGGCUUCCAGCAUGGCUACCACUGAGCACCAGAUACCACCACCAGCCUGCAGGAACAGCAUUGCUCAUUUCUGUCUGUGCAUCAGAUUGGUCUCAAAAUCACGAUCCCCCUGCCUCAGCCAACCUCAGCCUCCAGAGGAUCGAAGCGGGCCUAACCAAUACGUCCACCUUAAUAGGUUUUGAGGCAGUCUCCCUGUAGCUCAGGCCGGCCUGAACUCCUCGCCAAACCUGAAAGUCUGAUUGCCCUGUCAGCCCUACACUGUGACCUGCUCUUUUUUUAAGUUUUGGGUGGCUUGACUUUUAUGUAUGUGUAAGUGCACACACUCACACAAGCCGUAUGUGUCUGGGUGCUGGGUGCCCGCAUAGGGCAGCAGGUAGCAACCGCCCUGGGAGGGUCCUCGGUACCGAACUGGGCUCCUGUGACUUGGCAGUAAGUGCUGUCAAGUGGUAAGACAUCUUUCCGGUGCCCCGCCCACUUGCGUUCCGGUUCACCUUGUCUGGUCCAGGACAUCUCGUUGCUUCUGGCUUCCUAACUCAUCCUUCUGUGCAUUUACAGGCACGCGCUUCCAUGUCACCAAUCUCCGCGGGGCCCGGGCCACGCUCCCGGUGGCUCUCCAUGCUCGCCCAGGAUGGGGCGGUCCCCGAGCCCCACUGCAGGCCGGGACACCCAGCCCGGCCGCACGUUUGUGGCGCUAAAUUCGGGCCAAUCGGUUGGCGUCCCCCGGGAGACACGCGACAGGCUGGGCACGUGACGCGUGCGGGGCAGCCGCCCACUGGGCCGCAGGUAGCGCGAUGGCCGCACUUCCAAUGGCUCGCACAACUUCCAGUCACGUGCGGUGUUUACGGACUCGGCGGCUACGGGCGGGUCACGUGACCGUGACGCGCCGCGCCGCCGUCCAAUGGCGCAGCAGCGCUCCCUCGCAAACCGGGAACUAGUUCCCCUCCACGAAUGGCAACGCGGAGGGGCGGGGCCCGCCUGUCACGUGAGCGGGGCGGGGCGGGGCGGCGCGCAGGCGCCGUGAGGACCCGGUAGCGGCGGUGGCGGCGGCGACGGCGGCGGCGGCGGCGGCGGCGGCUGCUGGUCGCUGGCAGAGCGCGAGACGCCAUGGCGGCGGACGGAGAGCGCUCCCCGCUGCUGUCCGAGCCCGGCGACGGCGGCGCUGGAGGCAACGGCUUAGCGGGCCCGGGCGGGAGCGCGACCGGGCCCGGUGGAGGCCUGACGCCCUCCGCACCUCCGUACGGAGCCGGUAAACAUGCCCCGCCCCAGGCAUUCCCCCCGUUCCCCGAGGGGCACCCAGCCGUGCUGCCGGGAGAGGACCCACCCCCCUACUCACCCCUGACUAGCCCGGAUAGUGGGAGCGCCCCCAUGAUUACCUGUCGAGUCUGUCAGUCUCCGAUCAACGUGGAAGGCAAGAUGCAUCAGCAUGUAGUCAAAUGUGGUGUCUGCAACGAAGCCACCCCCAUCAAGAAUGCACCCCCAGGAAAGAAGUAUGUUCGAUGUCCCUGUAAUUGUCUCCUUAUCUGCAAGGUGACUUCCCAGCGGAUUGCCUGCCCUCGGCCCUACUGCAAAAGAAUCAUCAACCUAGGGCCUGUGCAUCCAGGACCUCUGAGUCCAGAACCACAGCCAAUGGGUGUCAGGGUCAUCUGUGGACAUUGCAAGAAUACGUUUCUGAGUUCUCAUUGCAGGAAAGCCUUCUUGCUAUGGUUGUUUUUCUUUUUCCAUAGUGGACAGAAUUCACUGACCGAACCUUGGCACGAUGUCCUCACUGCAGGAAAGUGUCAUCUAUUGGCCGCAGAUAUCCUCGGAAGAGAUGUAUCUGCUGCUUCUUGCUUGGUUUACUCUUGGCAGUCACUGCCACUGGCCUUGCUUUUGGCACAUGGAAGCCUGCACAGCAAUAUGGAGGGAUCUACGCAGCCUGGGCAUUUGUCAUUUUGCUGGCUGUUCUAUGUUUGGGCCGGGCCCUUUAUUGGGCCUGUAUGAAGGUCAGCCAUCCUGUCCAGAACUUCUCUUGAGACCCUUGAUCCAGUCUGUGCCUGGCAGCUGCCUGGCAGCAACAGUAACACUACAAAAGGCUCUCUGUGGACUUCUGCAAGGAAGCCAAGCAGCUGCCUCCCUCUCCCCUGGGGAGAGGUAGGAAGGAACCAGUCCCUUACUUAGGUUUGGAAGGGUAGGUAAGACCAUUGCUGGCUGUCUGCUUUCCUUCAGGGUUGCUGUUUAGGGUAAAUAGGCAAAACGUUGCCCCUAAGCCUGGAUCCUAAAGAUGGUUCUAGCCACGUCAUUCCUGUAUGUGCUCCCUGAGAACCAUUCCUGACCCUUAGACAUUCCAGGGCAGGGUGGGGGUGGGAAGUGGGGGGGUGUUCCCCUCCCUCUUGUGCACCAUUAGGACCUUGCUGCUGCUAUUGCACUUCACCAGGGGCUGGCUCUGGCCUCAGUACCUUCAGUCCCUUCUCCCCACUUGUCCUGUGGGGUGGAGUCAGCCACUGCUCUGUACAGAACUACAGGAACUGAUGUAUAUAGAACUAUUUAAUAUGGAAUAUGGUCCCCUAAUUCUGUAUUUCCCUAAAUUCCUCCUGACUUUCCUUACUUCCAGUUGCAGUACUGAACUGGGCUGAGGUAGGGUCGCUGUCUCAGGAGAGGUUAGGGAUUCAUCUGUGCUUGUAAAUAAAUAAUGUCAUGACUCUAA